GCACUUAAAUUUUGAAAUUUUUUCCUGAGUAAUCAAAAUGGCGUCUGGUGCACUUUUCGGCUCAACCCGGUCUCAAAGCAAAAAUUUGCUGGAGUUCCGGGCUGGCAAGAUGACUCUCAAUUCAAGUGACAAGAUAGUGUAUCCGGAUAAGCGUAAAGGCUUAAUCUACAUCUUUCAAUCCGAAGAUGGUUUGAUGCAUUUUUGCUGGAAGGACCGCACAUCGAAUAAACCUGAAGAUGAUUUGAUCAUAUUUCCUGAUGAUACGGUAUUCCGAAGAGUUCCUCAGUGUAAGACUGGUAGAGUAUUUUUACUGAAGUUUAAAAGUUCAACUCGGAAAUUAUUUUUUUGGGUCCAGGAACCAAAGACAGACAAAGAUGAAGACAACUGUAAAAAAGUUAACGAGCUUCUCAACCAUCCUCCACCCCAAAUGGGUAGCAGAGGAGGAACUGGGAAUGGUGGAUUACCCAGUGAUGUUGCUGACCCUGAGCUAUCGAAUAUUUUAGGUGGCAUGAACCAACAACAACUAAUUCAACUUUUAGGAAUGGGUGGAGGGCCUAAUUCUAGCAACCUAAAUGCAAUAAUUGGAAGGCCUGGCUCUGGUCAAACGACGUCCGAGUCAACAACCCCGUCACGUGUCCAAUCUUCUCCUGGACCCCGAAGCGGAACAGCUGAUUCAGCGCAAGUUGGGGCACGACCAGCAACUGCAGCUACCGCUCCAUCCAAUGAGGGAAGCGAACAGAGGGCUCAGAGGAUUCAAUUAUCUGACUUGCAGAGCAUGCUUACUGACAUGGCACCUGCUGGUCAAAGUGUCGAUAUUUCAUCAGCAUUGACACCAGAGGCAUUGAUUCCUCUUUUAUCGAAUCCUGCUCACCGGGAAGCCUUAUUGCCUCAUCUUCCUGAAGCGGAGAGCUUACCUCGAACAACUGACGAAUUAAGAGCGACAGUUAGUUCCCCCCAUUUUCAACAGGCCUUACAGACUUUUGCCUCCGCUCUAGCCACUGGACAAUUAGGACCAGUAAUAGCUCAGUUCGAAUUAGGUGAAGCUGCCCAACAGGCUGCACAGAACGGAGACGUUGAAGGAUUUGUCAAAGCUCUACAAGAUUCGGAGAAAAGUAGCAAAUAG